AUGGCGGCAACAACUGUUAUUGCUGGAACUGCAUGUGUGACUGCUGCUACCACCGCAUUUUGCAUAGGAUUCGCCAUCUACCUCAUCAUUGACAUCAAUGAUUUCUAUGGCACUGCUAUGGAAGAAUUAGCAGAUUUCAAGGAAACCGCAAACUCUGUGUGGAACGAAAUGAGACCGACACUAAUGGAAGCCAAACUAAACGCGGAAUCGCAUCGAGCAAAACGUUCUUCUGAUUGCCCUUGCUCUUCGCAACGUGAUCGCUGCCCUGUGGGUCCUCCAGGUCCCCCUGGACCACAAGGACCACCAGGGGAACAAGGCCACGCUGGAGAACCAGGUCUACCUGGUGUCGGCCGCGUAUCGACGUCUGGUACCGGUAAAGGAGGCCAAUGCUCGGAGUGCCCAGUGGGACCUCCUGGACCGCCGGGUCCCGAUGGACCUCCGGGUCCACCAGGUCCAGAUGGACUUCCGGGAGAGAAAAGCCUUGUGACGACUGGAGGCACACCAGGACCGGCUGGACCCCCAGGACCUCCCGGAGACCAAGGACCGCCAGGAGCUCCUGGUGAGCCCGGAGCACCUGGUAAACCAGGAUCUAGUGGCGGUGGAGGGAUGGCCCUACCUGGACCACCUGGGCCUCCAGGACCCGAAGGGCCGCCAGGUGAGCCGGGAGUGCCAGGGUCCACGUCAGACGAACCUGGACCAAUUGGACCACCAGGUCCUCCUGGAAAGCCAGGUGCGCCUGGUAGCGAUGGUCCUGAAGGAGAACCUGGUGCACCUGGAGCACCAGGUAGCGACGCCGGUUACUGUAAGUGUCCGGUCGUUCCGGACUUCUCAAUGCCCACAACCUGGAUCAGAGAAGCGUGA